UAGAUUUACGCCUGCCAUUUAUUAUUUCAUGAGUUUUUAUGAACCCAGUUUGAUUAAUGUUGACUAAUUUAUCGUGAUCUAUAGCGAAAGUAUGAGUUUUCUAUACAAAGAAUGUGCUCGAAUAGUUGGCCUAGUUGUUGCUGGAAAAGGCUCAGUAAAGUCGCUCUGCUUGUCCACUAAGAACAAAGCUAAGACCAAAGUUUAUGCUAUUGUCUUCAACGUCUUGCAAAAUUACAGUACAUUGAAGAAGAUUGCAGAAGAAGCUGGGCUUGAUGACACUCCCUUGGUCUACAUACACCUGUACGAACAACUUUAUCGUGGCGGGAUGAAGACUGGUGGUCCGAUAAAGACCCAAAUAAAGCAAAUGUUACCCACUCUUCAAACUCUAAAGAUAAAGCACCACAACGCCUCCAGCUACAAACGGCUCCCUCUUUACGUGCGGAUAAACACAUUAUCUGUUCCCGACCCCACUGCAGUAAUCAAACAACUUAAAUACCAAUUUCCUGAUUCCAACUUUACGGGAGACCCUCACAUCAACUUCCUGUUAAAGUUUCCUUCUCAUACCAACUUUUCAAAGUGUAAGCUCUACAGUAAGGGGCACAUUAUAAUACAGGAUAAAGCAAGUUGUAUGUCCGGUGCAGCACUUAAUCCGCCUCCUAACUCUAGUGUUAUAGACGCUUGUUCUGCGCCGGGUAACAAAACACUGCACCUUGCUGCACUGAUGGGGAACGCAGGAACUGUGUUUGCUGUUGAGAGAGAUUUCAAGCGCUUUAAGAGACUGAAAAGUAACGUUAUCAAACAUGGGGCUAAAAAUAUUACCUCCAUCUGUACAGAUUUCCUGAAGAUAUCACCUGGUGACGCUAAGUACGCAAAUGUUACUCACAUUCUUGUGGAUCCCUCGUGUAGCGGAUCUGGCAUGGUUACUGAGAAUCUUGUAAAUAACUUUCAGUCGAAAGACGAGAAGAAAAUCAAACAACUGUCAGAUCUUCAAAGUCUGUUGGCACACGCGCUGAGUUUCCCAAGUGCUACACGUGUCGUGUACUCCACGUGUUCAGUGUACGCGGAGGAGAAUGAGUGUGUUGUUGAGGAGAUGUUAGAUUCUCAUUCCGAGAACUGGGAAUUAGUUAAGGUAAUUCCUGGUUGGACACGACGCGGGGAUACGAGUGUGUUCAAGCACGCUGAUAGGUGCGUGAGGUGUGAUCCUAAGGAUGAAACUAAUGGGUUCUUUCUUGCUUGUUUUGUCAGGAAACAGAAAGUAAAAGUGAAAGUGAAAGACAGGGACUUUCUUGGAGGAGCAAAGAUUCAGAAUGUAUUUUCAGUGAGACAUUUAUCUAUGAGAUACCGUGUCAAACAUCACUAUAAAUAUCCAUACAAGUACAUCAGAUUGUAUUAAUUUCCUCGCAAUACCCCCUCGUUUAUU